AUGGAGGAGUCUCCAGAGUGUCAUGCUCCAUCUGACCAGGUUCAUCUAGAUGAUUUAAAGAAAAACUUUUACUAUCAUGAGAACAAGAGCUUUAGAACUGGUAUAGACAAGAAUGACUUUGAGGACCCACGUUUGUCCAGUGGUCCAAGAAAUCCUCAUGCCUUAAAUGGAUAUAUCCAAAUCCUUGGAGUACCCAGUGAUUCAAAAGACAAUGGAGGAACAGAAGGAAAGAUUGAUGAAGGUCCUCCUGUUCCUCACCUGAAGAAAGAAGACUUGUGUAUCUUCUUAGCACUACAUAUGGAAAAUUCACCAAGUGAAUCACAGAAAACUUAUUGCAAAACUGGAAUCGUCAUCUGUGAAGCGAGCAAGCCAAAAAGGAUUAUUGCCCUGGGCUGCUCAACAGAGGAACUUCAUGCUGUGCCAAAAGUGCUGUUAAGGUUUCCUAAUGCGCUGAAAGGCUGUGAAGUUUACAUGUCUCGGAUGCCUUGUAAUUAUUGUGCAAAAUUGCUGGUUCAAGCACAAGUCUCACAAGUGUAUUACUGGCCAAAUUUUGAAAUUAAAAUGGCAGAAAAUAACCCAAGUGAUGAGCUGGUAAAACAUGCUAAUGCCAUCUUUACAGAAAGCUAUGUUGUUGCAGCGGUAUAUGUACCAACAAUAGACAAUCAAAGAAAGAUGCAAAUACUUCAUUCAAAUAAAAGAGCAUCACCUGAUGGUGAUCUAAUCCCAAUUGCAUCGGUAUUUGAUAAAAAAACUGAUGUGGGAAUUUUAAAGCACUUUAACUUGGAACACCUGAAGGAAAACCAACUGGAAAAAUAUGAAGAAAAUCUUAUUACAGCCAAGAAUUGUUUUAAGACUCUGGCAAGUUGCAAAGAUAAAGAAAUAAUAAUCUUAGAAGAGAAGGAAUCCACUGUAAAGAAUGAUGAUAAAUACACCCAUGCCAUACAGCUCUGUGAUUUAUUAGCAUCCAGAAGCGCACUAGAUAAGGCAAUUGAGAUGGACUAUAGGAGACAGAGAGCUAUGAGGACUGGAGACAAUAAUAAUGGAGUGGGGACGCUGAUUUACAAGGAAGACAACAUUGUUGCCCUGGGCUACAGUGGAUAUCCAAAAGGGGCAAUGAAUAGUUUAUUUUGCAAGAAGGCAGAUGUUGAUUUUGACCAGCAUGCAAUUGUAUGUGCAGAAGCUAAUGCAAUUAUUAUGAGUUCUGAGAGAGACCUGUGUAAUGCUGAGCUCAUCACUACACGUGAACCCUGCCAUGACUGUCUGAAACUGAUCCGAGCAAAGAAUAUAGCAAAAGUUAUUUGGCCUCUGCGAUACAGAAAUGUAGGUGAUAUUACAGAUGGUUAA